AUAUAAUCAGCGUUUUCAUAGGGAGCCGAGAAUUAGGGUUUACGAGCUCCGAGGGUUUUGAAAUUGAAGAAGAAGAAGAAGUAGUUUUCGUUUCGAAUCAAAAGGAACAAUGAUCUACGACGUCAAUUCGCCUCUCUUCAGGUCAUUCCUCAGCCAGAAGGGUGGUUCUUCUGACAAGAGGAAAGCUGAGGAGCAGAAACCAAAGGAACACAGGCCAAAAGCUAACGAAAAUAAGCCUGUAAUGACCGAGUGAUAGCUGCAUAAUUAAGAUUUGGCAUGGGGUAGGGGGUUUCAAAUGCUGUAGUGAACUAUGUUGAGGACCUCUUUUCAAUUGAAUUUCCUUACUGAUGGGACUUGUACUUGACUUUUGUAAGAUUUUCUUUUCUAUAUGCUAUUUGGAAAUAGAUUUUGUGAGUUUGUAAUGGAAAUAGCUUUCUAAAACACAAUAUGCUUUCGGGAGUUGAUCCUUUUAUGAAGAGUUGAAAAGUUAUGCCUGACAGCAAUUUGAAGUGUUGCAGUCACUUGGCCGCCU